AUGGAAGCUCCCAGCUCAACAAAGCAAACGGAUGCCCCUUUUCGUUUUCUCGAUCUGCCCUUUGAAAUUCGCCAUGAAAUCUAUUCAUACUGUAUGCCGUACCAUACCCAUUUUGAGGAGAUACGCUAUUUCAGGGCCCGCGCUAGCUUUCCGCAGCCGGCAGUAAAAAAGUCAAACGUCAAGAACAAAAAUGCCCUCCUCCGCGUCUCAAAACAGAUAAGUGAGGAGUGUCUGAACAUACUAUACGGCAAAAACAGAUUCUAUAUCACCCUCAACGCUUCGAAACGAUGCCUCCUUGCCAAUCGUAUCACUACAGAGAACAGAACUAGAAUCAGAGAUGUGGUUGUUAUUGUGCGACACAUGGGGCCCGCAUACGGGCUACCGCCGCCUGUGCCUGCAGAUGGGCUGUGGUCUUCGUUGCUCCCUGGCCUAAGACAGCUGAAGAUCAUUGCUGAGCAGCCCGUGCAAUCUCCCAAUUCACCCUUUGACCCAGCCUUUGACGAAAAGGUCAGAAGCUGGGUCAAGUGGUUUGGCCUUCUGAUGGAGUGUUUUGCGAAAUAUUUGACUUCUUAUACCGUCGUCGAGGUGGACGAGAACGGAAAGGACGUCACUACGGAGCUUGUCAGGCAACAUCUCACCCAUAGUUAUCGAGUGGUCAGAGACGAUAUCCACGGCGACUUUAUUUUCCAGAGGGGACGAUUUGCCAUACAUGCAUAG